UUCAAGGCAGCCAAGUUUCCGGAAGAGCAACUGGUGCGGGUUUAAUAUGUCAAUGGUUUAAUGCUAAUGGACAAGGAAGAGAUAUUUGUUUAGGUUUAGUCUGAAGAUCACCCAUACUCUUUUUUUUCGUCAAAUAGUCUGGCUCUUUUUAUAUCGUCAGCAUGCCUUUGUUUGCCCAAAAUCAAUUUGACCAAGAUGUCGAGAAGUCAACCAAUGAAAACAACACAACAGAUGACUGGGGCCUCAUUAUGGACAUCUGUGAUAAGAUUGGAACGACACCCAAUGGACCAAAGGACAGCUUGAGAUCCAUUAUGAAGCGAGUCAACCACAAAGUGCCUCAUGUUGCCAUGCAGGCCCUCAAUUUGCUGGGUGCUUGUGUAUCAAACUGCGGCAAAAUAUUCCACUUGGAAAUCUGCUCAAGGGAGUUUGCCAGUGAAGUACGGAGUGUGCUGGGCAGGGCCCACCCUAAGGUGUGUGAAAAGCUAAAGGCUCUAAUGGUGGAGUGGGCAGAAGACUUCCAGAAGGAUCCACAACUCAGCCUGAUCAGCGCCACCAUCAAGACUCUGAAAGAGGAAGGCAUCACCUUCCCCUCCACAUCCUCACAGGGGUCCACCACUAAGGUCAGCACACCUGCUGUCAGCAAAGUAUCAGAUGAUGACAACCUGGCCAAAGCCAUCGAGCUGUCCUUGCAGGAGCAGAAGCAGCAGGUGGAGACACGGCCCCUGGCCAUGACUUCUGAUCCCCCAAACUACACCAACGGUAGUGGGGGCGAGGAGGCCCGGAAGGUGCGUGCGCUGUACGACUUUGAAGCGGCUGAAGAUAAUGAGCUGACUUUCAAAGCUGGAGAACUUAUUCUGGUUUUGGAUGACAGCGAUCCAAACUGGUGGAAAGGAGAGAACCACAGAGGAGUGGGGCUUUUCCCUUCCAACUUUGUCACAACUAAUUUGAAUGCAGAGCCAGAGACAGUGGCUUUUGUUGAAAGGCCAACCAGUCCUGAAGAGACGAGCCUGGAAACCAAAGUUGAGCCUGAGCCCGUCUUCAUUGACGAGGGGAAGAUGGACAGAACACAGGCGCUGCUGCAGAAUGCAGAUCCUGCAGAUCCGGCUCCUGACUCUCCAGAGCUGAUCCAGCUGGAGGGCGCAUGUGAACAGAUGAACCCGAUGAUUGAUGAGAAGCUACAGGAGAUUGACAGGAAACACUCAGAGUUGUCGGAGCUAAAUUUGAAAGUUAUGGAGGCCCUGGAGCUUUACAACAAGCUCAUGAACGAGGCUCCAUUCUACUCGGCCUACUCCAAGAUGCAGGCGCAGUAUGCUCCAGCCGGCUCAGCUGUAGCCAUGCAGGGCUACCUUGGCCCGGCCGGCGGUCCCUACCUUCCUCCAGUGAUGCCCCAGGUUCCACCUGCGCAGCCCUACACUCUGCCCAGCGACCAGCCCGGACAGCUCCACUCACUGCCCCCCAACGUCUCAGCCCCACCCAACAGCCAAGCUCAGCCUCCCUACAUGAGCAGUGGCAUGAACGCUCAGUACAUGAACCAAGCUCCUGGAGCUCCUUACCCACACAUGGACAUGUCGACCUAUCACAACUCCAACAUGCCUCCUGUGUCCUAUCCUGUGGCUGCUCCUCCUCACCAGGCUCCUCAGCAGCAGCAGGCGGCAUAUUAUCAGCAGCCUUUGCUGUAAAACUCAUACUGACCGCAGACCUAAGAUUAAUACACACAUCAGAUAUUUCUUGUGUGUGUGUGUGUGUGUGUGUGUGUGUGUGUGUGUGUGUGUGUGUGUGUGUGUGUGUGUGUGUGUGUGUGUGUGUGUGUGUGUGUGUGUGUGUGUGUGUGUGUGUGUGUGUGUGUUGAGCUGAAUGGAACACACCCUGCGAAAGUUGAAUUAACUGCGGUGUGUAUGUAACGCAGGUCUGUUGUUCAUCUGAGUCAGGACACUCUGUGCGUAUGUCCUCAGCUACUGUAUGUGAGGCUAAACAUGGCGCCAGGAGUUUUCUCCUGUUCUUCACUGCUUUUUCCUGGCUGACCGUGAACACGGCGCUGGUCUUCACCCAUGUCACAGGUCAACACAGAAGAAGAGUUGGGUUUGCCCACCAAUACAGGACCAUGUAAUAAUGAGCAGCCUAUUUUUACAAUUCAUAGUUCAUCACAAUGCUACUCCCAAACAUUGCUUUUUCUGAAUUGACCCCCUUCAAAGAAUUCCUGCAACAUGUGCUCUUCUGAGGUGGUAAGAGAGGGUCAGCCAUGUCCACACUAAUGUAGAUAAAUGAGAAAUUGUUUCUACCUUGUUUAUAUGGGCAAUGUUGGAAAAGCAAUCCCUCUGUCAAUGUCUACACUGGAUAUGUUUAGCCACAGUACCUCCCAUAUAGCAUAAUAGAAGAUCAAUGUAAUUACAUGCGCACGUCGGAAUUGAAUAGACUAAAAUAGCAGCUCUGCGUGUAAAAUGUGAGCCUUUACGCAAGCCUUUGCACGGCUGGUUUAGACGGCUGUAUUGAUCAAAACUUCAAAAGUAUAUCUGUUCUGGCAGAUGCUUGUGAGACAGAUCACUGAAAAACGCGGCCGAAACGUGUCCGGUAUAGCCAGCUUGCAGCUGCUUGCUAGCGUGGAUUGAACACCAUUUGACACCGAAAUGGCAUUUUCAAAAGUAUCUAUGCAUUAAUGUGAACAUGGCCUAAAUGUUUUGUUUUUCUUAUAGUUUUUAAUGACCAUCUUGUUUUUAAGUCUGUAGGUGAAUUCAUCUGAAGGCAGGUACAGUUUAUUCUGACCAUCUCUUUGUCCUUUACUGCAGUUUGCACUGAAUGAUCGAAACACUCUGAAUUGGUGUGAGAGUCUGUUUCUGCAAAGUCAGCUCUUAUUAAAAGGCAGGAGCGCCGUUUUUUUUUUUUUUUUUCCUUCUCACCAGCAUUCAUCACUUUAGCUCAUCUGUUUUCUGAAGAGAAGUCCACACUAUAUUUUCAACUAUCAAACAUGUAUGUUAACAGUGAUAUUUGGGUAAAUGGUUAAAAAGAAUACUUUUCCUUAAACUCACUGCCUUGUAAUGCAUUCUGUGGUUGCAUUUGCGAUAUUUAAGAUGACAUUUUCUGUGUGUGUGUGUGUGUGCACAUAUUUGUUUUGUUUUUUACAUGUUUGUAUGUGUUUGAGGGCUUACCCAUAAUUCAUCUUUGUUAAAUUAGACUGAUUUUCACAAGGAUCAGAUUUUAGGGUGAACUGAGAAAUAGUUUGAUCUUUGUGUGUUUUUUUUAAAUCUGGUGUAAUGCUGCAUCUGUUGAUGAUUAUAACAUCUGUACCCUGCUGCCUCUCAUCUUCAUCUGUGGGGUCUCUUCCAUUUAACGGAAACCUGUUAGAAGUCCAUGUUUUAUGCAAAUGCACGAUACUGAGAUUUAUCAUGUCUAUAUACUUAAAUUUCAAAAUUGUCAAUGGCCUCGCCUGUACUUUGAGAUAUAUAUAUAUAAUGAGACAUUAUACAUGUAUAAUUUACGUGGCUGGAGAAUGUGUAAUUAUUAGUCUUAGUUUUGCUUCUACUUUUACCUUUUUAUUUUCCAGGCUGAUGAAACAAUUAGUUACUGUUAAUAAGAAGAAAGGAAAGUAAGAGAUCAGGUUUCAAAUUACUCGUUUUUUUUCAGUUUGGGGGUGAAAAUCAAGGAGCUGCUUUCAUAGAAUCUACAGUCAUGUUGCAGUAGCUCCGUAGUUAUAAUUCUAGCCAGAACUGUCAAAAUCUUCUUUAUGGCCUCAUAUUAAAGGCAUUGUAUAUUAGAUGUAAAAUACCUGGUUUUGUUGGUUGCAUUGCCAUUGCACCUUAGCUUUGUAAACGUUCAUUUACCACUGGAUGCCUUGUUUUUCUGUAGAAAUCAAAGAAUGACACAGACACAACUUUGGCGACUAACUUCAGUCUCAGAAUCCGCUGGAUAUGUAUAAUUCUGUAUAUUUAAAAUAUUCCAGGAAAAGUUCCUUUAUCCAGGAUUUUAAGACUGCUUUUUUUAACAGAGCAAACAUAGUAUUCUUUGAAAUAAAAAGAAAUGUACCUGUG